ACAGCAAAUCAAUUUCCCGCUCCUCUCUCUUUCUCCCUCUUAUUCACUCAUCUCUAAAUUUCCUUUUUUCACUUUCUCUCAUUUCUCUGCAAGCAAAAUCCUCAUGUUUUUUCUCCAUCUUCAGAUCUGAAAAUCGAUGGAACUUCAAUUAACCUCAUUCUCCGACUUGGACUCCGCCACUGCCAUCUCCGAUGUACAUAAAGCAUGGCACAUUUUCGCUCUUCUAUUAUCAACAGGAAGACCAGCUCAGCCGUCGGAGCUUUCAUCGAAAUGCAUUUUAUUUUCAGCUUCACCGGAGUUCAUUGAAUUUCUCUGUUCGAUUCCUAAUUCUCCUCUUCAUUUGACGAACAAUUACUUAGUUACGUUUUCUUCCAUCGGAUUCACAUCAACAGUUAAAUUCUUCGCAAAUGCGGAUGCGUUUACGGCUUUUGUAGCUCAGCUGGAGUUUCAGGAGCUCCCGGAUAGAGGACAGACGGAGCGUAUAACUAGGACUUAUUAUAGGAAAAGGAAGAGAGCUGGAUCGGAGGUUGAGUAUUCAAAAGUGGUUAAUAAAAGAGGACUUUUCAAUUAUUUUGAUGGUGAAGGAAGAAGUCAAAUGAUGAUGCCUUUGCCUUCGAUGGCAUGGAGGAUGUUCAGACAGGCAUAUCUUCCCAAUGACAAUUCGAGGUGUGGCGUGAAUCAGUUGACAAGAGUACCAUUGUCAUUGGGUUGCAAUUUCAGAGAAUUUUAUGAAAUGUUCAGAACCUGUCGGGUAAUUGAUGGUAGUACCAGAUCAUCAAGUUCUGGACUUCAGAGUAUUGAAUAUGAAUGCAAAAACAAGUUAGAGAGGGGAGAGAACAGUGAUGAAGCAAAUCUUGUACAUAUUCCUAUUUGUAAAUCUAAAGUUCCUAGUCAUAGCCUCUUCAGAUUCCCUAGAUCAACGAGAGUUAAAUGUAUCACAGAUUCCAUGCUUCAGAUGAAUCCACACCUUGCCAGUUCAGCUUCUGAGAUGGUUGGUACUACAGAAAAGAAAACAAACUCUUGCAUAAAUUCCUGUACUAUAUUGGACCAAGAAAUGGAAAUUUUGCCAUCUGCAGCUGAUGCUUCUGUCUAUGGCUUUGAAAGGAUGAUUCAAAAGGAAAAUUUUGUGGAAGGCAACAAAGAAGAACCAGCUUCUUAUCCUGUUAGUAAUAUAAAAGUUAACUGCACUGAGACUCAUACAACAAAGGUGCUCAUAUCACCUCAAGAUGAUUUGCCUGCAGAGAAUGCUACAAAAGAAUGCUCGACUUCACUUCUCCACAUAGAUACAGCAAAAAAUGAUAAGCCUCUGCAGAGCCAUGCCAUCUUAGCGCGCUCACAGUCUUUUGGUCAGAAGCAGCUGGGAAAAUCAUUGCCCAGUUCAAAAUCCUUUCAGAGGGAUGUAUUGGACCACGAGGAGCCGCAGAAUUCCAAGGAACCAAAGGAUCAUAAUGCUGCCAGUCUGCUUCUUGACAAAGAGCAACUUAGAAGAGAUGCAACGUCAAUCCCUGUGAAGCUGAAGCACAAACAGAACUAUGACUUGGGUAUGGGCAUUAAAGAGAGGAGGGAAAAUCCAAAAGAAAAUGCGGAGAAUGUCAUAUGUAACUCUGCAAAAAGCCAAUCGGAGCAAAAUCAAUUGCCUAACUUUGACUCUUAUAUUGUGGAGGAAGAAGAGGGUUCAGGUGGUUAUGGGACGGUGUACAGGGCAAGGAGAAAGAGUGAUGGAGUGAAAUUUGCAAUUAAAUGUCCUCACCCAAAUGCUAACACACAACAUGUCCAUAAUGAGUUAAAGAUGCUCGAGCGCUUUGGGGGAAAGAACUGUGUCAUUAAGUAUGAAGGAUCAUUCAAGAAUGGAAAUUCUGACUGCCUCGUUUUAGAGCAUGUUGAGCAUGAUAGACCAGAGGUCUUGAAAAGGGAUAUGAAUGUUUCCCAGCUCCGGUGGUAUGGUUUUUGCAUGUUCAGGGCACUUGCUGGUUUACAUAAACAGGGUAUUGUUCACAGAGAUGUUAAACCUGGAAACUUCCUUUUUUCAAGAAAGGUUGAUAAAGGCUACCUCAUUGACUUUAACCUAGCCCUGGAUCUGCACCAAAAAUAUGGAACAUCAGACAAGACAAAGUCAAGCCAUGCCACAAGCUGUAAUAGUGAUCCUGUUCCCCCUGCCAGGUCUCUUCCUCCAAUAAAACAGAGAAGAUCAACUGUAAAACUUGAGGAAGGCAUCAAUGAGGAAUCAAUGAAAGGCGUUAAGUCUCCAAUACAAUCCAAAAACCUUAAAAGGAAGGCUGGCCAAGAAAAGGUUGGCACUGAUAUUGCACAUAGGAAUAUUAGAAAAAGUCAAGGUGCUGAUGGUUCGGGGAUAACCUCAGCAAAGGAUGCCACAAGCAAUAGGACUCCAUCAGCAGAAAGGUUGAGAGAACCCCUUCCAUGUACUGGUAGGAAGGAGCUGAUUAACCUAGUGCAGGAAGUACGCCAACGUUCAAGCCAUGUAGAUACAAAUGGUCCAACUUCUAAGAGAAAGCGGGUUGCUGCUACUCCAGGAAGAGUAGAAAAGAAGUAUUACAUAACACCAAUGCCGUUACAUUCAUCUGGAAUUGCCAUUGGUGGUGCUGGUUUACUGAAAAGCAAAGGGGACCGGAUGCAAAAGCGAGAAGGACCCUGUGUUGGAACUAAGGGUUUCAGAGCUCCAGAGGUGCUAUUCAGAUCUGUACAUCAAGGUACAAAACUUGAUAUUUGGUCAGCUGGAGUCACUUUACUCUAUUUCCUUAUUGGCCGAACACCAUUUGCUGGAGAUCCUGAUCAGAACAUAAAGGAAAUAGUGAAAUUGAAAGGAAGUGAAGACUUGUGGGAAGUGGCCAAACUACACAACAGAGAGUCUUCAUUUCCAGCGGAUUUGUUUGACACGAAAUCUCUCUCGCCUGUAAAAUUACGAGAAUGGUGUUCAAGAAACACCCGAAAAUCAGAUUUUCUGGAGAUCAUUCCCCAAUCACUUAUCGAUCUAGUGGACAAGUGCUUAACAUCAAACCCAAGAUUGAGGAUUAGUGCCGAGGAAGCCCUACGGCAUGAGUUCUUUGCCCCAUGCUACGAGACAUGGAGAAAGCAGAAGCUGCAUCGUCUAAGGUUUAGCCAAGAGUCCCAAGACCUAGAAUCUACACUUCCUCUACCAGAAAAUUCUCAGUCACGUGUAGUAUUGUAACAAGUAACUAAUUGAAGCCUAUCUUUUUCUUCCUUUUUUACCAGUUGUCAUGUAAAAAUAUCUAACCAAUGCAUGUAAUUCUUUCAACAACUCUUGAAUUUAGUGUAAUCAUAUGCUUUACUGAUGUUGUAUCUAACUGUGACUUGAAUCAAAUGCUGUCAUUCAAAGAAGUGAAUGAAAGCGUUUUACA